UUUGUGUGGUUGUUUAAAGUGUUUUCAAGAUCAAUGGGUGGCAAGUCUCCACAGACUAUUAUGACAGAUCAAUGUGCAGCUAUGGCUGCUGCUAUAUCUAAAGUGUUUCCAACAUCACGUCAUCGUCUUUGCAUAUGGCAUAUCGGUGAGAAUUCAAAGAAGCAUAUCAAGACGUUAAGGAGCAAUAAGGAUUUCUUGGAUAUGUUUAACUACGUGUUGAAAUACACAGAGACCGAAGCUGAAUUUCAAUUCUAUUGGACAAGGUUGGUGACUGACUAUAAAUGUCACAAGAAUACUUGGUUAGAAAAGCUAUAUGACUGUAGGGAGAAGUGGUGUCCAGCAUUUAACAAGGACUAUUUUUCUGGGGGCAUUCUAUCAUCACAAAGGAGUGAAACUACAAAUCAUUCGAUUUCUAGAAGGUUGUCCAAGACAGCGGGUCUUUGUGAUUUCUAUUCAUCGUUUGUAAGCGUAAUUUCUGAAUGGAGAAGUAAAGAGAACGGUGAAGACUUUCGGUGUGCUCAAGGGGUACCCGCUAUGAUGAUGGAGCAUGUGAAACUUCUUUCACAUGCUAGAGAGGUAUACACGAUUGAGAUAUAUUUUCUGUUUGAGGAACAAUUCAUGAAAGGCAGUGCGUGUCAUCAAGAGAUGGUGUUGAAUGAUGGCCGUCAACAGAAGUAUCACGUGUGGCAGCCAGAUAUAGAUAUUAUAAGGCAUGAGGUUAGUUUUAACGCAGCCAACUUGGACAUUUCUUGUAGUUGCAAGUUGAUGUCUGAGUUGGGAAUUCUAUGUUGUCAUUGUAUACGCAUUCUUCACGUACAUUGUGUUUCUAGUAUUCCCGACAAAUAUAUACUUAAAAGAUGGACUAAAAAGGUUAUUGAUGGUAGGAAUGUCAACAUUGAUUCUAUGGUUUAUAAUGUUGGUGUUCCUCCAUCAAUUUGGGUGUUCGAUAUUAGUAGAAAAUUUCAAAGAUUAGUUGUGUCUAGUCAAGAUAGCAGCGUAGCGAGGAAACUGUGUGACGAGGCUGUUGAUGAUGUAAAGAAAAAGUUUGAAGCCGAGGUUGGGCAUGUGCAUAUUGAAGAGUGUGGUGUUUCAUCUUCAAGUGGUGGUGUUCAAAAUCCUUCAAGUCGGAGAUUGAAAGGUGAGCGUAACAAAAGGAGGAGUGGUGUUAUUGAAAAGAAGUACAGUCUUGCAAGGGGGAGAAGGAGUGCUGCAAAUAAAGCUGCAUUGAGUACAAAGGGUGCUGUUCAGUCUUUGGUGUUGGAAAACAUAUCCAAGCUUGCUGGGGAUGGAUACCUUGUACAUCCAAGUUCUUCAAGUUCAGAUUUUGUUCAGUUUAGUAAGGGUUUAGAUGACAAUGUAGGUGUAGAUUGA